AUGAUGAAAGACCCAGUCAAUAACAGGAUCAACCCUGACCUCAAGAGAGUUGUCCCCUGUAACGCUAUACGAUACGGGGGAAUGGCAGAAUGGAACUUUGCUUACAACCAAUACAAGUCCGAGGAUCCUACAGGAGACGACAGCUUCUACUGGUUCAACGCUCUCUCCUGUACGACACAGCCGUGGCUUUUACAAAGGCUGCUAGACAUGUCAUUGGACAAUACUACCUUCCACUCCUCGGAUGCGUUUUUCAACAUAUACAGCGUUUCCGGCAAUGCGGCAGCCAGGGAUAUAACCUGGAACUUCCUUAAGAACAACUUCCUGACUCUACAUGACAAACACGGCCAACUCCGACUAGGUUCGCUGAUAAGGAGUAUAGCAUCUGCUUAUAACAUGGAAUACCUUUUGAACGAGCUGCAGUCAUUUGCCAACACCACCAUGGCAGUGGAGUAUCAGACAACAUUUCAGGAGGCCAUUAAGGGAACGCAGGCUAAUUUGGAUUGGCUGGAGACCAACGGUGACGACAUCAAAGAGUGGCUCACAGAACAGGGUUUCGCAGAAUAUCUACCGUAG